AUGCAGAAGUAUGCAAAAAGUAAUGGCCACUUGAGCGCACAGACUGCUGUACUAGCUAUGCAGAAGCCGGUGCGUGAGAUUGUGAUUGCCCAGAGCUUCAACAAAGGAAAAAAAAACGAGGAAGAAAAGGAACGGAGAGAGGUAGUAGUGAAUAUGACAACAGCCUACUUCAUUGCGAAGGAGAAAAUUCCUUUUAGUAAGUUUCCAGGUCUAAUCAACCUUCAAAAGAAGAAUGGUCUGCAGAUAUCGUCCACGUAUGCCAACGAUAAAUCUUGCGCUGAGAUGGUGUCUGUUCUCGGAAAGGUGUUUAAAGAACGAACAGUUAGUGGGAUAAACCAAAGUAACUACAUCAGCGUGAUGGCAGAUGGAGCCACGGAUGCAGGUGGUCUUGAAAACGAAACUGUUUUCUGUCGGUACCUAACAGAUGGUCAGCCAGUUAAUCGCUUGCUUGGACACAAGGCAGUCGAGCAUACACAUGCCCAAGGUAAGUGAAAUAAAUCGAACUCAAAGAGGCGUGGUUGUGAAUUCAGGUAGUCUGCUAUACCAAGUUUAACGUUUAAGACUUUAGACUGAGAACAUUCAGUUAAACAUUACACUACAGUUUCUCUUAUGUUGUAAAGGCAAUACAUUGACUUGAAAAAAAAAGUAAAAAAAUAUAUAGGUUUUAAAAUUACCGAAAUUUUCUGGUUUCUUCAAAAAGCCAGAAGGAUGAUAUCGUUAUAAAAAUUAACUUUUAUUAAAAGGAGCAAAGAAACGUCAAGACGAAUGGUAUAGCCCAUGCCAGUAGAUUGUCGAAUUCCACGAAAAGCUAGUUUUUAUUCUGUGGUGGUAAUAGAUGAUUCUGAGAUUUGAUCCCACAGGAUUAUGUUGUCACUGCAAUAUUUUUUUCGGUAAGAGUACAAUAAAGUUUUCAACUUUUCUCCUCGCACCUUCUGUGUGUUAUCUAAAUAGUUAUAUAGGAAGUUCGCAAGAGGCUUUAUAUCGUUUUCAAUUAUUAUUAUUUUAGGACUAAAGGAUGCUAUUUGCACUACGUUCCAAGAAGCUAGUGUAAACUGGGAACAAAAGCUCGUUGCCUUUGGCGCCGACGGUGCAUCUGUAAACCUCGGCAAGAAAGCUGGGCUUGCUGCUCUUCUGCGAAAAGAGUUUCCGUUUCUUGUGGAUUUUCACUGUUUGCCUCAUCGGCUCGAACUGGCUCUUUUGGAACUCCAGAAGAGCUGUAAAUCGGUGGAUGAUGUUUACAGUGUGCUCCAUCUCAUCUGGAAAACAUACCCGUACAGUCCCAAGAGUGUACGUGCAUUAAAAUCCAUUGCCGAUGAACUGCAAGUUGACAUACUAAAGCCAACACAAGUCAGAGGCACUCGCUGGCUACUACACGUUAGCCUAGCCCUUAACGUGUUUGUGGGAACUGCCAAGUCUGUUUCUGUGUCUGAACCUGCUCAGUACUCCGCCGUGCUUAUGCACAUGGAAGAUCUAAGCGUAAAUUCAAAGGUUGCUGACAUUCAAGGCCGAGCACGAUAUAUCUCUUCGAAAAUGAAUGAUAUUCAUUUCGCUGCAUUUUGCCACUUCUUAGCCGAUUUAUUUUCUAUUUUAAGUCGACUAAGUUUACAGAUGCAGCGGAACGAUAUAAUUCUUCCGACUAUCGUAUCUCAUCUGAAGGAAUCCAAACUGCGCGUUGAAUGCCUCACAAGCCGUCCUGCUCCAGAUGGUCAUUUAGAAAACUGUCUACCGACAAUGAAAAAGGGCCAGUCAUUUCCUGGUGUGGUUCUCAGUGGCACGCUUGAGGGAAAAGCAACACGUGGAGGAAUUACUACAAGCAGCCUUCAGUCUGAGAUUGAGACGGCUGUUAAUCUCUGUAUUAGAGCCCUAAACGAGAGGUUUGACGUUUUGCUGGAAGCAACGGGGUGUCGACCGUCCAUUGAAACAUCAACAACUGUUUAUGGCCCCAAAGAGGUUGUCAAAGAUAUGUUGAUCUUCAUUGUGGAUGUCUGGCCUACACGCAGUAGUGACCUCAUGGACUAUGGCAGGCAGGAGAUCCAACGCCUUACCGACUAG